GGUAGAAAAUGGGCGGCAGGAAGGCGGGAGGUUCUUCUCUGAGUUGUUUACAUCCGCAGAGCGUGGUUUCCUCGGGACUUGGCGGGGAAUCGACUUUGAAGAUAGGAAAAGGCGCCUAUUUCUGGCUCCUUCACUUGUUUCCGGCAGUACAAUGAUAAAAACGGAGAAGGUGCUGCACCUGAGGAGCUGCAAAGGGAAAUCUGUUCGUGUUGUGAGGGAGCAUUACCUCAGAGAGUCUGUUCCCUGUAACAGCUCCCUGUGCCAGUCUCAGUGCCACAAUGAAGGGAAAUUGCUGUCAGAAAGUGCAACUCAUUAUGUGAUACCUGACUGGAAAGUGGUGCAAGAUUAUCUGGAGAUACUUGAAUUUCCAGAAUUAAGAGGCAUUAUCUUCAUGCAGACGGCCUGUCAGGCUGUCCAGCACCAGAAGGGACGCAGACAGUACAACAAGCUGCGGAACCUGCUGAAAGAUGCUCGUCAUGAAUGUGUUAUGUUCUUCAAUGAAUUCCAGCUGUACUCGUAUGUACCAAGACAGCAGGGAGAAUCUCUAGAAAAAUGGCAGACCAGGUGCAUUUACUAUGCCACAGUCUGGUAUUAUAAUCAUCUUGCAGGACUGAUGCCUGUUGUUAUGGUAACUGAAGAUGCAGAAGCCAUUCAAAAGUAUGGGAGUGAAACAGACGGAGUGUUUGUCGUUUCGUUUAAGAGCUAUCUGGAGAAUUUUUGGCCUGACUUGGAAGCUGUACAACAGCUGUAUGAGUCCAUUGUUCAGUCUCGGAAAGAACGAGAAUAUGAAAAUCAAGAAAAGAAUGGAAAAGAAUAUUUGGAACAUCUCGCUCUUGAAAUACUGGAGGCUGGCAUCAAAUCCGGGAGAUAUAUGCAGGGGGUUUUGAAUGUCAACAAACACAGAUCUCAGUUGGAAGCCUUUGUUCGGAUUCAGGGAUUGACCAAUAAAAAAUCAGAAUUGGAAACGGACAUUCUCAUCUGUGGCACUAAGGCACGAAAUCGUGCCAUUCAAGGUGAUGUGGUGGCUGUGGAGUUGCUGCCAAGGAAUGAAUGGAAGGGAAGAGCAUCUGUGUUAUGUGAGAAUGAGUCUGAGGAAAAAACUACUGAGGAAACUGAAAGUGAACCAAUGGCUACAGGUAAAGUUGUUGGAAUUAUUCAAAGGAACUGGCGAGAUUACGUUGCAUCCUUUCCACCCAAAGAAGACAUACAAUCUCAGGGUAAAAAUACUCGGAAGAUCCUAGUUACGCCUUGGGAUUACAGAAUUCCUAGAAUAAGGAUCAGCACCCAGCAAGCUGAAUCCCUACAGGAUUACCGAAUUAUUGUACGCAUCGAUUCCUGGGAUUCUACUUCUCUUUAUCCCAAUGGACACUUCGUGAAGGCUCUUGGAAGAGCUGGCGAUCUUGAGACAGAAAUUGCAGCCAUUCUUGUAGAAAACAGCAUUUCAGUUAGCCCUUUCUCUGAAGCCCAGGUGCGUGAGAUGCCAGUGAACACUCCUGAGAAUCCCUGGAAGAUUGAUGUGGAGGAGCAAGCCCAGCGAAUGGAUUUAAGGAACACUCAUCUGGUGUUCAGCAUCGAUCCCAAGGGCUGUGAGGAUGUGGACGACGCACUGUCUGUUCGCAGAUUAGCAAAUGAAAAUCUGGAGCUAGGAGUUCAUAUUGCAGACGUCACACACUUUGUAAAAUUAAAUUCAUAUACAGAUCUGGAAGCUAGAUCAAGGGCAACAACUUGUUAUCUAGCAGAUCGCCGCUAUGACAUGUUACCUACCAUCCUAAGUGCUGAUCUGUGUUCUUUACUUGGAGGUGCUGAUAGGUAUGCAGUGAGUGUGAUGUGGGAGCUGGAUAAAACUAACUAUGAAGUCCUUAAGGUGUGGUUUGGAAGAACCAUAAUAAAGUCUGCGUACAAGAUGUUCUAUGAAGCCGCCCAGGCCUUGUUGGAUAGGGAUCUCAGUGUUAUGGAUGAUAUUCCCGAGCUCAAAGGGCUUGACGAGAAAGACAAACAUAGAAUAUUGAACGACCUGAUAUGGGCUAUAGAGAAGCUGACUGAAGUAGCUCGCCAUAUUCGAGCAAAGCGUGCCCUUGGCGGCGCCCUGGAGCUGGAAGGCAUUGAAUUACGAGUGCAAUUAGAUGACAAGAAGAACAUCAGUGACCUAGUCCCAAAGCAGCCGCUGGAAGUGCACGAGACUGUAGCAGAGUGCAUGAUUCUGGCUAACCACUGGGUGGCAAAGAAGAUAACUGAGAAUUUACCUCACCAAGCCUUGCUGCGCCGUCAUCCUCCACCACAACAGGAGUUCUUCGCUGAGCUGGUUGAUUGUGCAAAAGCAAAGGGUUUCAAAAUAGAUACACGCUCCAACAAAGCUCUGGCAGAUUCACUGGACAUGGCAGAAGACCCAGGUGAUGCUCAGGUGAACAAGCUGUUGCGAUCCAUGGCCACACAGGCAAUGUCCAAUGCCCUUUAUUUUUCCACUGGCUCUUGCUCAGAGGAUGAAUUUUAUCAUUAUGGUCUUGCUCUGGAGAAAUACACUCAUUUCACUUCUCCAAUCAGAAGAUAUGCAGAUAUAGUGGUACAUAGACUACUGAUGGCGGCUAUAAUGAAGGAUAAGAAAUUGGAACCGGAAGAUCCGUUGCUCAGCAACAAAGAUUUAGCAGAAUUAUGUCAGCAUAUCAACAACAAGAAUAAGGCUGCUCAGCGCGUGCAGAAACAAUCUAUAGAGUUAUUUCAGUGCAUGUACUUUAAGGAUAAAGAUUCUUCUGAUGAGCGUUGCACAGCAGAUGGUAUCAUCUACUCAAUACGGGCAAAUGGUGUGCUGGUAUUUGUGCUAAGGUAUGGCAUAAAAGCUCCAGCAUUCCUAAAGAAUAAAGAGGGUCUUGUGAUCGCAGCACAGCCUGAUGGGUCAUGUGUCUGGAAGCCUGGCUCCCUCAAACGCCUUCGAGACAAAAUUAUCUCCACUUCAAUGGAUGGAGAAUCAGUUACUUUCUCCCUGUUUGAUCAUAUCACUGUAAGAAUAUCUGAACUCUCAUCCCGGUCACAUCCUGACUGCGUCAAACUGGACAUCAUCAACAACCAACCUUGUAACACAACCAGCACAGAACCCACGCAUGAAACUUCACACGGUUCAAAGACAGACUUGGUACGGGAUGUAAUCAGAUCAGCUGAAGAGGCACAACUUGCCCAAGAGCAUGCAAAAAAUACAUCAAUCAGAGAUGAAGAUAAGGAAUACUGUCAAACCCAGGGGAACAGUCUCUACUCAUUGUUAGAAGAAAUCAAGGAAUUGGCACUACUAGAUGUUACAGCUGGAUGACUGCCCUAGUUUAAGUCACGACUUUAGGUCUGUUUUAAUUUCUUAACCAAAACCACUAUUGGAAGAGAUUUUUUUUUUUAUAUAUGACUGAUACCCAGACAAUGGUACUGGUUUUUAAAGCAAAUUUGACAGCAACUUGUAAUUGCAGGCAGUUAGAAGUAAAGAAAAUGGCAGGGUCCAGUAACUUCAACUAAAAUGUGAAGCCACUGAAGCUUGUGUAAAGUUUUCAAUGCAAAUGAGAUGUACAAAGAAUUUUUGAACUCUAUGUAAAUAUUAUACUUUUUAUUCAAAUGUGAUUGGCAUAAAUAAAGUACUAUGGUUCAAUUAA